GGAUAACAAACACAUCAAGAACUAACGGAACCCCGCCGGAACAUGGAAUGAUCACACACACACACACACUCACACACACACACAAACACACACACACACACUCACACACACACUCACACACACACACACACACACACAGCUGGUGGACGCACUGUGGAUUUUAAGUGUUUUGCUGAAGGAUUUACUGGUUUACGAGGAGAACGAGGAUCAAAGAGCCUGAGAGGAUGAACUGAGGAAACCCAACAAUCAUGGAUCUAAGGAGGCUUCAGUACCUCAUCCUACACACACUCUACACCCCCGUACUACUGCUGUAUAGUACACAAGCUGCGUUUACUGAAAUCCCCACCAGUGUGAGUGUUGGUGAGGGUGAGGAUGUGGAGAUGCCAUGUGCAUUCAGAGCUGUUGGUACGUCUCCGUUUUCACUGGAAAUUCAGUGGUGGUACCUAAAGGAGGCGACGCCAAGAGAUGAAGCGCACACACACAGCGCCAGUCGUGCCAAGGGCGCGCCGAGGGAUGCCACAAAAAUCAGUACGGUCCGGGUUCAGGGCAACGCCAUUUCCCACAAGCUCAGCCUGUCCCAUGUGGGGAAGAGGGACGAGGGCGUGUACGAGUGCCGGGUGCUGGAUUUAUAUUCGGAUGAGACGCAGGACUUUAAAGUGCGGGCGACGCUGAGGGUGAGGCCGCGGGACGGCAUGCUGGCCGAGGAGGCCGUGUCUCACAUCCAGAACCGCUGGACUCUAAAGAGUGCAGAACGUUCCACCCACCUUCCUGAUCAGGGCAAAGCUGUCAUCAUCCCUCCAUCAUCAUCCUCACUCACCUCUGCCACCAGCUCACCGGGCACCGCCAACGCCUCCAUCAGACAGCAGCAGAACGAGCAUGGUUCUGCUGCCGUUGUGACGGUGGAUCUGCUGCUCUGCAUCACGCAGCUGAUUCUUCCUUCACUCUUCCAUUUAUUCAUGUAACCACCAACCACACCAAACUACAACUGAGCAUCAAAAAUGUACAAUUUAGUAACCUAUGAUCCCAAAUACGGAUCCAGCAUUUGAAGAUGGAAGAGCAAAUUCAUUAGAGAUGAACAGAGAACUGGAACAAUUAACCUGGUCUGCAUUAGACGCAUGAAAAAAAAUGAAAUAUAAAAAUCCAAGUUCAUGUAAUUAGAUCUCACAAAGAUGAAUAUUUAUUCAUUUCUAAUUUUAUACAUGUAGGUUAUUUUGAACAUUUGAUAAAGGAAAUAAUUGUUUAGUAAAAGCGAGGCUGUGGGUUCGAUGUUUGAUUCAUGCAUGAACUGUUGAUCGUUUCUUUUUGUUUCUCAUGAUGUAACCAAAAUUGUGUGUUUCGUCAGAUUUCCUCCGUAUUAAAUGUGAUGUAUAUUUUACAUAAUUUAACACAUUCAUUGUUGUUUGUCUUUAAUAAUGUUUAUUUCUAUUACAGAUGUGAUAGUAAAAAUUUAGUAAUAAUAAAGAAAAUGCUUUGUUCUAAACACCAGGUAAAA